AAGGGGAGUUCUAGCUGCGCUGGAUUAACAGCUGCUCGCAAAGAAGGAAAGUGACGAGAGCGACGAGACUAGUCAAAACAAUCAGAAAAAACAGGAAAAUCGAGCAGCUGGGCCCAGAUUCUGGCCUUACUAUCCUGACCGGAGCAGCCGAGGUCUCGUAGUGGGUGCGUGCGUGCGGGUCCUGCACAAUGAACGUGGGCACGGCGCACAGUGAGGUGAACCCCAACACGAGGGUCAUGAACAGUCGUGGCAUCUGGCUCUCCUAUGUCCUGGCCAUUGGCCUGCUGCACAUCAUUCUCCUUAGCAUCCCAUUCGUCAGCGUGCCCGUGGUCUGGACGCUGACCAACCUGAUUCACAACACAGGCAUGUACAUCUUUCUCCAUACGGUCAAGGGGACCCCCUUUGAGACACCGGACCAGGGCAAAGCUCGACUCCUGACGCACUGGGAGCAGAUGGAUUAUGGUGUCCAGUUCACCGCCUCUCGGAAGUUCUUGACCAUCACCCCCAUUGUGCUGUACUUCCUGACCAGCUUCUACACCAAAUACGACAGGAUCCAUUUUGUCAUCAACACGCUGUCCUUGCUAACUGUUCUCAUUCCUAAACUUCCUCAGCUGCAUGGCGUCCGCUUGUUUGGUAUUAACAAAUACUGAAAGCUCGGACUGUUUGCCCUGUGGGUUUACACUCAGGUGGACAGGCGAUCCCUCCUAGGAAAAAGAGGCAAGAAGACUCUUCUGGGGUGCACCCUCAUCGGGGUCCAAGCAGGAGUCAAGCGGUACAAUGAGAGCAGCCUGUUGGUUCUCCUGCUAUGUGUUCUGUCCACGCUUGGCUGGCUCGUGAGCACAGAAAGUAGGCUGAUGGUUGCACUCUGUGAUGAGACAAGCAGUUGCAGUCUUCCUUAUUUAUAUAUAUAUAUAUAUAUUUUUUUUUUAACUUAAGUUUAUUAUGUAGUAAACUGUUUAGCCAGAAAUUAAUGCUGAGGAGGCUAUUGUCUCAGAGUCAGGGAGCAGACACUUGCAUCAAGCUACUUUGGGGCUAAGCAGUCAGUCAAACAGGCUUAAUAAUAUCUGAUGCCCUCUAUAAAGCUUUUUUAUACUCCUUAUGAAGUCUCUCCUCUAAAAGGUACGCGGGAUGACCAAUGAAGCCUGCUUCCUAAAAGGUAUGGGGUACUAUGGCCUAUGAAGCCUGGCCACUUAAAGAAUUCAUGGCGUAUCCCCUAAAAGUCUGGCACAUAACAGAUACAGGGAGUGUAGUCUGUGAAUCCUUGUGUCCAUUAAGGUGUGUGAACUGUGAAGCCUGCUGGCUGUUAGGGACAGUGGGUGUGGCCUGUGAUUAAUUUCAGCUCUAGAUGGGGUGUGGCCUUUAAUUGCUGCUGCCUGUUAGGGACAGCGGGUGUGGCCUGUGAUUGCUGUCAACUAGAGAUGGGGUGUGGCCUUUAAUUGCUGCUGCCUGUUAGGGACAGUGGGUGUGGCCUGUGAUUGCUAUUAGCUAGAGAUGGGGUGUGGCCUAUGCUUGCUGCUAUCUGUUAGGGAGAGUUGGAGUGGUCUACAGUUGCCAGUAUCUACCAGGGGCAGUAGAUGUGGCCUAUGAUUAUUGCCUUUGGCCUGUAAAUGUUGCAUUCUAUUAAAUACGGUGGGUGUGACCUUUGAAUGCUAAUUUUAAUUAGGCACAGUGGGUUUACCUGCUCACAGCGUAAAGCAGGUGUAUUGAUUAUAUUGUGUAUGAAGACUGGCCAAUGAGUGUGGCCUGUAGAUGUUGAUUUGUAAAGAGGUGUGCCCUCACCUGGAAGGGGGCAGGUAUUUUAAAAUCUUUGCAAAGACUAGCCUCUAAGAUGAACCGGACAUCGGGCUGCCCAUUUUUAAAGCAGGUAUGUGCUGAAAAGCCUAGCAAUAGUGUGGCUUCAGACUAGCUGGGGAGUGGUCUGGAAGUUCAGUUUGCAGGCUUCAUUUUAAAAGGUACAGAGGGCGUGGCCUCAACAAGAAAAAGGGGUGUGUCUUAUAAAUGCUGUAUGUUUGGUACAAGCUCAGCUGCUUUAAAAUGCUGAGUAUGCUAGAUGUGGCCUCAUUGGGACAAGGGGGCAUGUCCCAUAAAGAGAGUGGUCUCGUGUCUCAAAGGUACAGGGGUGUGGCCUCAAUGUUAAAAGGUACGUAUUAAGGCCCUGUCACAUUACACGACUUUUCCAGUGGUUUUGCAGGUGUUGGCUUAAUUUAGAUAUCCUUAGCAAGCUGGAUGCAGUCAUGUAGUCUGACACCCCCAGCCACUCGUUCCAAUUAGUCUGGAAAUCCCCCCCGUCAAAAUCAAAUAAGUAUUAACUUGUAGGGUUGGGUCCUAUGUGUAUGAGUGCCAAUGAGUGCUCACUGGGUGGUACAAUUCAUAUCAUGCAUGGUGUCGCAUGUUUUAAGUACCAUGACAGAAUGAAGAAAAAAAAAAAAAACCAAAUAGGUAGAAAUUGUGGCUGAACUUUGCAUGGGCACUGGCUCCAUUAGGCAGCACGUUAUUUAAAAGGGGCCAGCUUGUGGUACUUUGUCACCCAUUUGUCUUAAUAAGACCUACCUUGCCAUAAUCAGUUGUGUAAUCUGACAUCCUCAGCAGCUGAAGUCGUCAAGUUUGACAUCCCCUCCUACUAGGAGUCACGUAAAGUAACAUCAGCUUGAGAAAGAAGUGUCAUCAGUGUGAUGAUCGGGUCUGGCUGCUGUCUGAAUGAGAGGACGCCUUACCUUUGUAAGGCCUUGCAUAGCCUGUACCGUUUGUUGUUAAAAAGAAUGAGUGGUCUUCCAGUGCCCAUGCUGGACUGGUAUGACGGCCUUUAUCCCAGUACUCUUCCUCGAGAGGUCUUUGUCGGAGAAGAUGCGAUUAUUUUGUAACAGUCUUGGUACAUACAGUGACUUAUAUUAAAGUUCAUUAUUCGUGUA